AUGAUCUGGCACCUCGUACGCAGGAUUGUGACCGAUCGAGAUACAGGGAGGCAGAAGGGCUUUGCUUUCAUCGAAUACUAUGACUGGCAAACAGCGCAGAGUGCUAUCAGAAACCUUGAUGGAUACGACCUGAAUGGGAGAAAGGUCAUCGUCAAGUUUGCUGAGAAGGACCACGACUCGACAGCGCGGCCUGGCAGAGAUGGACAGAACCGUGGCAACAAGGCCAGCAUGAAGCCAAAGCCGAUCGGGGUGGAGGCUGCCAGGUCGGCCAGCCACUCGGUGGCAUCGCUGGUGGGGAGCCCCCCGCCGGUGCCGGGGGGCAGCGGGGAGCUGAUCAGCUCAGCGCUGGGCACCAAGACGCGCGCGGAGCUGUACGAGAUCAUGGCCCAGAUGAGGUCGCUGGUGCAGCAGAACCCGGAGCAGGCGCGCCAGAUCCUGGUGCAGAACGCGCAGCUCACCAAGGCGCUGUUCCAGGCCGAGAUCAUGCUGGGCAUGGUCAAGGGCGCCCCCGUCGUGCCCCUGCCGGCUCCUAGCCACCCGUCACCAGCGCCCCAGCCGCAGCAGCAGCAACAGCCGCAGCCUGUCGUGCAGCAUCCUCCGCAGCAGCAGCAGCCUGUCGUGCAGCAUCCUCCGCAGCAGCAGCAGCACUACGCGCCGCAGCACCCCUCCCCGCCAGUGCAGCACCCUCAGCACUAUGCGCCGCAGCCGCUGCCGCCGCCGCAGCAGCCGCAGCCGGGGCCGGGUCCCUAUCACCAGCCGCCUGCGCAGCAUGGCGCGAUCCCCAACGGCAGCUACGCGCCGCAGGCGUACGGGGGCGUUCCCGCGCCGGCGGCGUCCGGCCCGCAACCGAUGGAUCCGCGCGCGCCGCCGGCCGCGCAGAUGAGCGCGCCCAUGGACCCCCGCGCCGCGCAGCACUCGCAGCCCAUGGACGCCUGGAACGGGGGCCAGGGGCCUACACAGGGGCAGGGGUACCCUGCGCAGCACCCGCCGCCGCAGCAGCAGCAGUUGGAGGGGCAGCAGUACGGCAUGCCCCAGCCGCAGCCGCAGUACAUGCAGCAGCCACAGCCGCACCAGCCCGAUCAGCAGAUGCCACCAGCCGAACAGAUGGGCCUGCCGCCCGGCAUGGACGAGGACACUAAGCACGGCAAGUCCCACUCCCAUGCUCCACUGCUCAAUCUCGCUGCAAGCUCUGGAGUGUUUGUGUGGCGCCUAGCAGCACUCAUCCAGCAGGUGAUGCAGCUGACACCGGAGCAGGUUGCUGGGCUGCCACCCGAGCAGCAGGCGCAGGUCAUGGUGUUGCGAGAUGCUGUGGUAUCAGUCUGCAAAGGCAAUUUUGCUGAUCUGUCCUACCAGAAGUCACUUGGGUCACUCAUCGCCUGUAGAACACUCAAGACAGCAUCUUGACACUUGACGGUGACAGCAAGACUUGACAAGUCUGGCAAAUCUAUAACCUGCACACAAUCUGUAAGUCACUGACCGCAAGAACAUGACUCUAAAGCACCUUAGCUGAUCAGACAGCUGCAUGAGAUCGUGGCCAAGCCUGAAUAUUCUCAAAUCAUUAUGUUAAGCCCAGGAACAUCAAGCAUUGCCGCUGCACCCUACAGACUAGAGGUCUCUAUUGGGACAUACAUUAUUCCUCCAGUGCAAUCCCAUCACUGUUUAUACCUUGUGCGUUCCACAGAUGUAUUCUGGGACAACUGCAUCCUACCUGAUUCUAACAAACCCAAUAAAAAAGAGCAUGAACAUCAGACCAGCCGUUGCCAGGAAAGUGCAAAUAAAUGCAAACAAAAUCGCUCGCUUGUUGCAGUCAGAAAGGUCCCUCACUGUCAUGUCUCUGUCACCUGGAGGAGUGAAUCAGUUCAUUUACUAUGUGGUGAGCAUGCAGGGCCGAUCGAAAUUC